UCGUGGCUAAUAUUUUCUAAACUGGUUCCGAUAGAAAUUUUUUCUAUUUGGUUUUAGUACAGUCAUAAGUUUAGCUAUCAGCCAUUUUAGGUUUAUCCAUUUUUUACCGGACACCCUGUAUACAGAAUUUUGACACGGAAGUUUGGAAUAACGUUGCCAUUGCGUAAAAUAUUUACUUAAUUCAACUCGAUGAACAGAAAAACAUUAAUUUGUUAUUUGAGAUAAACAUCGAGUUAAUCAAAAAAUAAUUAAAUAAUUUAACAAUUUGCAAAUAGCGCCAAAAGAACGUUGUUAGUACCUAAUAUUGAAAAUACUUCGGAACGACCGAAACGAGCAGAAAACGCUAUUUAAUAAAAAAAAAAUGUUCCUAGGAAAUUGCUUUUGCCCGCAUGCAUUCAAAGUAAUCAAACAAACAUUCAGUUCAACUAUGCGCACGAUAUUUUCGCCGUUAGCAACCAAAUGGGCAAACAAUUAGUUGAAUAUUUUUAAAUCACAAUUUGUUUCGAGAAAGAAGUUUUUAUUGAAGUAAAGUAAUUUCUUUGAAAUAAAAAUGUCACUUUUCAAAGUAAGAACUUGGUGGACAGCACAAUGCACCGAUAUUGAAGAAAACUACGACAUUGCAAGUCUCUUAUGCACCCGUUUCGGCCUUGAAGACACCGAAAAGGACUACAUUGUGGUCGGAUCACAAAAUGGUCUUUUAAGUAUCUUCUAUCCUAAUCCGCCCCAAUUCGAUGCAAACCACAACUUUGAGCAAUUCCAUGCUACGGAUUUAUUACUCGAGUGUCAGAUGAAGGCACAAAUUUUAGCUGUUCUUUCCGGACGUUUCUCUGGGACCUUCUCCAGUGAGAAUACAAAUCAACUUGCAAUUUUGCAUCCGAACAAUUUGGCAAUUUACAACCUGACAACUGUGGACGGAGUCGCCGACCAUGGAAACCAUUCCCAACUGCAGACGGUGGUUGAGCAUACGUUCGCGCGAACUGCAUUCUCUUUGUGCAAAGGACAUUUUGGUCAAGUAAAAGGGCGUGAGUUUUUAUGCAUUGGACAUUUGGACGGAAGUCUGACAUUUUACGAGCAAGAAGGGAUCUCAUACGAAUGCAAUUUGCCAGGACCAAGGCCAUUGCCUAGUCCGUUAGUUUAUGUGGAACGGACCGACUCAUUUCUGCGUAUCAACUCGUCCUGGCAUUUGGAGAGUUUUAGUUAUCAGGAUUUAUCACACUCGGCCAUCAAUAAGUCGGAUAUAUCUCCAGUUUGGUCCUUUUGUUUGGGCGAAGGGGUUUUGGAUAUAAUUCCCGUACAAGUUAAGGAAGCAUCCACAUCGAUUAUGAUACUUGGAGAAAGAAACCUUAUAGCUGUUAAUGAUCAUGGGGAUGUGGAGUUCAUUUUGAAAUUGGAAUUUUCUCCAAAGUGUUUUUGUUCUUUUGUUGUUGGAUAUUAUUGGGAACCCGACACUCGUUUAUUAACUGCAAUUGUCUCCGAGAACUCCAAACUAUUCAUCUAUCAGGACACUAAUUUAGCAUGGGCAGCUCAAUUAGAAGACAUCCCUGUUGCCCUGCAACGUUCCAACCUACACAAUCUACCCGGUGGCAUAGUAACCCUCGGUCCCACGGGCUUACUAAAAGUCUCCUACCUCGGAUCCGAACAGCACGUUUUCCAAGUUCCACCUCUAAAUACCGAAGAGAUAAAUUUCGAACGUGCCCACAAAGAACUCCUUCAACUCGAGGACGAAAUAAAACAAGCUAUCGAUUUGGGUGACAUCGAUGUGAUUAAUCAAAUGGCAGAAAAUGAUCUAGCUCUCGAAUUUCGAAUUGGUCCCGAACUAAACGAAUGCAAUUUCGAAAUACCCCAAGAGCUCACCAGCAUUCCCAUGUGCUCAGGAUAUCUUAAAUUCAAAUCGACUGCCGCACUCGAAGAAAUUCAAAUUGCUAUCUCAACACCUGAAGCUAUACGUUGUUCUCUCGAUACGAUGACGUAUAAUGAAGUCCUUGCAAAUACCCAACAAGAAUUGCAAAUGCAAUUCUAUCUGGCUGAAAAUUUGCAUAUUGAAACAUCCAAAGUUGAGCUUUUGGUAUCGUUCAUAAAUAAACAGGGUAUACCACGGGUGUUGACUAAAACAGGAUAUUUGCCAUUGGCGAUGUUGUACAAGAGUGCUCCGCCCCAGAAGACAGCCUCCCUCAAAGUCACACUAAACAUCAAUUCCAAGUCGAUUGCACCAAAAUUGUCUAGUUUCUUUCCGGAAUUCUGCAGUACCGAUAAUGAUGUCCAGGCUUUAGGAUUAAGUCUGCUGCAGCAGCAGGAGUCAUCUGAUGACAAUGCGAUUGUGACAAUUGUCACCGCAAAGAAUUCCAAAAGGAUUCGGAUACAGUCGGAUAGUAUGGAGGCACUGCCAUUGGUCCUGGAACGAAUUGUAAAUAGAAUCAAUGAAGUGGAAGUAAAACGGGAGGAUGCAAUCACUCGGAAAGGACGAAAAGCCAAGAAGACACUUCUGGCUGGGGGCGGUGGUGGAGGAGAUGAUGAUGGGAGUACUAAGGCAGUUAUAGCAGGUCCCAAUAUCCCGUUCGAAGAGAUUCUAAGUCGAAUGGAUGCUCAUCAUUCGAUUCAGGAGGACAUUCGCAAACAGAUGGCUCUAAUGGAUGCACUUUGGAAUCAAUUUAAAUUAUUCCAACGUUCGCUGCAAUCGAAGGUUGAGGGCGAACCAACAGACGGUUUAUUAAUGCUGAUUGAAAAGAAUUAUGAUGAUUUGGUUACAGAAGGUGAUAAGUUGGUGGAGCUAAGAUGUGCUGAAAAGGAUCACCGAUGUAAACUAUCUUGCGCACUUGCUGUUGCAAAAAUAAUGAUAUCUUGUUUAACGAUUGGAACCAAAAUUUCCAAUUUCACAACAUCUAUUCUAGUAACACCUGUGGAAGAUUGGACCGAACUGAGUUGGGAACAAUCAAUGGCACCCGGUAUUGAUAUGCUUCAUCAUUAUGGUCCAUUAAAUCGAUCAAAAUCAGCAGGAACUCAAAUAUCUAAUACAGAUAUAUCUCAUGAACAAUUUGAAUACGAUCGUUUUCGACGUCAUUUCUUAACACUUUUUGAACGAAUAUGUCGUUUGGCGGCAUCUGUCAGUGAUACAAAGAAGUUAAAAGAUAUCGAAGUUGAAAAGUCAAAUGAAUUCACUGUGGAAGAAGAAGAAACCGAACGGCAGAAGGAACCUGCUACAUCUAUGAAAAUCAGAAAGCAUCAAAGAUUAGAAGCACUUGAAGAUGAUGAAGAAGAAGACGACGAUGGUACCGAUUUAGAUAAACGACCUGAAAGUGACUGGUUAAAUACCGGAUCAAAUGAAAGUAGUGAUAUUUUAGCCAAUAUGUUGUUAAAAAAUAACGUUUUAGUAAAUUAAAUAAAAAAAUUG